AUGAUUGACACGUACAGACUGAACCCUCAGGAGUAUCUCACCUCCACUUCCUGUCGCCGGAACCUGACCGGAGACGUGUGCGCCAUCAUGAGGGUCCAUGCGUUCCUGGAGCAGUGGGGUCUGGUGAACUACCAGGUGGACUCAGAGAGCAGGCCCCUCCCCAUGGGUCCUCCCCCCACCCCCCACUUCACCGUACUGGCAGACACGCCCUCUGGCCUCAUGCCCCUCAACCAUCGACCCCCCACGGUGAGCGUCACUAUCUCUGCUGGUUUCUCUCCACCUCCUCCUUCUCCUCCUCCACCUCCACCUCCUUGA